AUGGCCAUGUUUGUUAAAAAAUGGCAGAAUAUUCGCGGGACUCUUAGCUCCGACAUUCAACGCUAUCAAAGAAUUGAAGUGCAGGAUUCACAGGAGUCUCUUUUACUCUCAUUAAGUAAAAUGGUUUUAGCUCUUACAGAAAUCGCACGAAUCGACAAGAUUAUCAAAACUGCAUUAAUCGAUUUUCUGAUUGCCUCUCCGCCGAGAAGCUUGCUGAAUCUCCGUUCGCACAAGGAGACGAUUUCACAGAUGAGUUUAGGGCAAACGGCUCAGGUCCAACCCCGGACCUUGACCCCUAUUGAUCAAGUUUUGAUUGCUUUACAAUUCUAUGCGGCUGGUUCAUUUCAAACAGUAAAAAAGGAUUUUUAUGACAUCGCUCGAAUGCCCGGAGUCAUAGGGUGUGUUGAUGGUUCGCAUGUGCGAAUCGUGCGCCCAAUACACCACGAAAGAACCUAUGUUAACAGAAAAAACUAUCAUUCAAUCAACGUUCAGGGAAUUUGUGAUUCGAAUAAUCGUUUUUUAUCUGGAUUUUAUUGCCUACAUUUUGAACUCAGACUCACUCCAAGUCGAGUUUCUUGCGUAAUAAUAGCGUGUAGUGUUUUACAUAACAUUGCUAUUGAUCGGAAUCAGCCAUUGGAUGACGAAGAUAUUGAGAUGGAAGAUGAUCACGACGAAAUAAUCCCUCCUGCUGUCCCACAAAACGGAGGCGGUAAUCAAAACGAAGCUUUUAUUCGUCGCCAAGGAUUUGCUUAA